AACAAAGUACAGAUAUACAAAUUCUCAAGCUGUAGUUAGCUAGCUAGAGAAAAAAAAUAGGCAAAUAUAAACGAGACAGCUUUCACGCUACAUGGAAGCCUCUUACAAUCCGUUCAAUCCGUUCAGCUUGCUAGCUAACAUAGAUAUGUAAGUUGAUCAAUUAUUGAUCGAUCAUCAGGUCGUUUUAAACUCCCCUAACGACAAAUAACAUUCAACGCAAAAUUUUGCAUUUAGAUUUGUCACAUAUACAGCAUGGCUCCUGCUGGUUAAAUGUUUUAAAUUGGUAUAUACUGCAUAUGCACGUACUCGAUCUGUCUAAUUUUGCAUUUUAAUUUGCUUUGCUUUGGCCGUCUGUGCUAGCUAUGAACUCAUUUCAUCGUGUCCUCCCACUCUGUCGCUCGCCUGCUCUGCCUCUACGUGAACUCCACCUCCACCCGCAAAUCCACUAUGCAUUCGCCUCAUCAUAAAACUCAACCGAUUCAAUCAAAUCAACAACCAAAUCGAUCUCAAAACCAGCAACCAACAAACGCACAUUGCGAAUGCACAAUUGGUGGCUAGCCCACUAGUCCUUGAUAAUCUACUGCAUGCAACGCCCAAGAACAAGAAGAAGAAGAAGAGAUAUGGCGUAAAGCUCACGAUCGAGCUGUGUCGUUAGUGGCGUCGUAUCAUUGCGUCGCAUGCGCUGCGGUUGAUCGAUCGAUCGAUGCCGUCGCCGUCGUGUUGCUUGCAGUGCAAUCCAUGCGGUGGGAUGCUCGCGCUCUUCAAGAGGCGCCCGCGGGCGCUGCUCCGCCGCGCCGUGGGCAAGAUGAACAGCAGCCGGCGCCGGCGCCGCCGCGCGGCGGGCAGCUUCAGCUCCGUCCGCGCGGUGUUCUGGCCACUCAUGUCCAUGCGCUCCGACGCCGACCGCAACGACGUCGCCGCCGCUGACCGGCCGCCGGCAUCGUCGUCCACUGACGACGACAGCGGCGGCGGCGGCCUGCGCGCGCCGUCGCCGUCGCUCGACACGCCCGCGUCGACGACGGCCGCUCGGGUGCUGGCGCUGCAGGCCCAGCUCGGCGAGGCCGCGGCGGCGUCGACGAAGCCGAGCAGCGGUGGCGACGACGGCGUGGAGGAGGCGUGCAGAAGCUUCGAGAAGCAUCUGAUGGAGAUGCUGGUGGAGGAGAGGAAGGUGAGGGACCUCAUGGACGUCGAGGAGCUCCUGUGCUGCUGGGAGAAGCUCAGGUCGCCGGUGUUCGUCCAGCUCGUCGGCCGCUUCUACGGCGAGCUCUGCAUGGACCUCUUCUCCGGCCGCGACACCGACGUGUCAUCCGACUCCGAGGAUUUGUCUCUCUGACAUCCACGGACAGAACUGGGGUUUCUUUCCAACUGACAGGUGGACCCGGGUGUGGAUAUUUUUGUGGUCGUUUAAGCUGUUUCUGUGUUUUGUCAAUCCGUGGAAUGCCUAUCCUACGUCAAAAUCGUCCAUCACCAUCAUAAAAUCCUUCAUCACCUUGUCAAAUUACACUUUCGGUGAAGGAUAUGGCACCUUUCAACUUCCAGUUCGAGGGGAUUUUGUACCUUUACCUUUGACCUUUUUAAUUCAAAAUUCUGUCUCAGCACAUUUAAGGGGGAAAAAAACUUCUUACGAAA